AAGAAUUGUUUGGUUUGUCCCAGGACAAGAGAAGCUUCUCUAAUCACAUGGACGGUUUCGAUUAUUUCCGCCACAGCCAAUGGGUCUUUUCGAGGAUUCCAUUUAUCAUCACCUCAAAGGGACAGAAAGCCAUGGCGGACUAAGAGAAGAGGUCAUAAACAAUGGCGUCUCCAAGUGCAAGGAGCGGCAGCAGCAGCAGCAGGAGUACUAAUACUUUACUAAUGCCAGGGCGCAUUGUGAUUGCUUGUGAUGCUACUAAGAGCCACUAUGCUCACGAAUUAAAGGACAUCGUCGCAAAAAUAAAGGCUCGAAAGGCUAUGAUUCAGGAAGUAGACACGAUCACCGUGCUCGGUGUCUUGCAUAAAGUGCUUCAUCCCAUGGGUUUCCAAAUGCAAAUAGGACCUUCAUCUUUCAUCGGGGCACGCCUCCAAGCAAUAAAAGAAGAAGUUGCAAGAAUGGUUGACAUAUUCGUACGGAUGCUACAUCAUAGCGCUGAAGAAUGUGAUGCCGAUGGGGUCGCCAUUGAAGUUAAGAUUGUUGUCGGAGCGGCGCUAAAGAAUGUUGUCGUGCAAGAAGCUGUAACUUCGAAUGCAACUUGGGUUGUUCUUAAUAGGCAUUUAAAAAAAGAAUUAAGAUUCUAUCUCGGACACAUACCCUGUAAAAUGGCGAUGGUUCUCGAUAACUCUUCAUUAGAGAUUCUGAGGUCUUAUUAUUCUGACAAGGCGACUGCAAACAUCGAGCAGAAAGUUUUGUACACACAAUGUAAGGUUGUCUCGCCGUUUACUGUGGAUAACGAGCAGCAACUCGUAUCUCCGAGCUUGCGAUCCAUCUGCUCCCAGGAAAGCUCUGAUACUGAACAAAGCUGCAUUACGUCAACACUCACACCUAUUGUAAUGGAGCAGAACAUAUUGCCUCCGGAGGAAUCCAACCGAAAUCCUCAGCCGGAGAUUGCAGGUAUCCAUGGUGAAGUCGAAGCUAAUUGUGGUAGCUCUGCUCCUCCUACAGAUUUGAAAGAACAGAGCGCGCCGAAUUCUUCUUAUGCAUCUGUUAAUUCUGCUGCUACUGAGGCGAAUUUCGUCCGGGAUUUGAUAGACUUCAUUAAUGACGGCGAACAGAUUGCUAUGCCUGAUUAUUUACCAAGACAAGAUGCUGAUCGAGAAGUUAAAAGUGAACCUGAUGAUUCGAGCGCAGAAAUGCAAAAUCCGAGCGGCCUGGAUAAGGUCUCUGAUGAACAUCGUGAGCCCGAGGAGAUGAAAACAGGAAUUGCUCGGAUCCAAUGUAGUUAUUCCGAGGUUCAGUCUGCAACAGACAAUUUUUCGCGCGAGAAUUUGCUAGGAGAAGGUGAAUACGGGGCUGUGUAUAAAGGUCGGCUUAGGGGCGGGGAGCUGAUAGUCGCGAAAGUGCAGAAGGAAGCAGAUAGACAAGCGGAUUCGGAGUUUCUUUCUGAAGUACUUGUCCUAAGCAUGGCGUGUCACAAGAAUAUCGUGAUGCUUCUCGGCUAUUGUCUCGAAGGAAACCGAAGCAUCUUGAUGUACGAAUAUCUCUGCAACAGAACAUUGGAAUGGCAUUUAUUUGGUAAGCAAGCAAAUUUACUCGACGAAGAAGCGAAUUGUGAGUAUGCUUUUAGAACUUUUUUUUGCGCGGCAGAUAAUACCGAAGAUGUUCUUGAAUGGCACCAAAGACAUGCCAUUGCUGUUGGAAUUGCAAAAGGGCUGCGUUUUCUGCAUGAAGAGUGUCGGGGAAGUCCCAUCGUGCAUCGAGAUCUGCGGCCGAGCAAUGUAUUUCUCACGCAUGAAUUUGUUCCCAUGCUGGGAGACUGUGGUCUUUCUACGUGGACGACAAACAAGCUCGGCGAACACUCGAAAAUUCUUGAGUAUCACGCGCCUGAGUAUGCAGAAAAUGGCAUUUGUUCAGCGAAAACCGACGUCUUUGCCUUUGGGAUUGUGCUGAUACAAUUAAUCUCAGGGCGCAAGGCGACGAAUCCAACGAGCGACGACAGCCACAAAUCGAUUCGACAAUGGGCCACGCCUUUAAUUCAAACGCUCGCAUUAGACGAGCUUGUUGAUCCUCGACUUGGGGAUUCUUACAGCACGUACGAGCUGUACCAAAUGUCCCAAUUGGCGUACUCGUGUGUUCAAAGUAAACCUGCUCUGCGCCCGACCAUAGGAGAGGCAUUGCCGUAUCUUGAGGGGAAAAGCAAUCAUCUAAACUACCUGCGGGAUCAAUUCAAGCCGGAUUUUAGCAAUGUGCCGAGAGCAGCCUUGCUUCAGACACUCGUUGUUCAGCCGUGACUCCCUUGUUCGGACGAUGAUUCCAUCGAAAGUCGCGGCGGACGUCCCCUGUUCAAACAACCCUGUUGUCUUGAUCUUCACAAGAGAGAUUUGAACUUCUUGGAAGAUUUAAAAUGUUGUUAUGCUUUGUAAGAAAGUAUUUUCUUUUCAGUUCGGACGUUAUGGGAACCUUAACAACCAAGUCGUGUGUUUGAUUGAUUGUUUGUGGCUUGCUUUGGUGUUUUAGAAAUGAUCAUUUGUGUACAUAAAUAUUUGUUGUUUGGGAGAUUUGUUGUGUAAUAAGGAUAUUUUGGUUCGAGUAUAUAUAUAUAUAUAUAUUUUAUAGCGUGAAUGAAAAGUCUAUAUCU